AGCUGUGCCGCCGUCGUCAGCUUCCACCACCUCCACGCCACUCUUGAGCCACGGGGGCUGCCCGAUGAAACCGCCCUGCCGGUGCGCGACGAGGUGGGCAGCCCACCUGGCAGCUCGACCAGUUGCUGGCGGGGCGCGGCGGUGCAGCGCCGCCACCGCGCCCGCGUCGCCCUCCGAGCCCGCGGCCGCGGGCGGCCUGGACGCGGAGCGCCUGGCCUUGAGACUGCGGCUCGGGAGCGGCUGGCGGGAGCAGGUCGGCCGCGCCGCAGGCGACGUGCGGGCCGUGCUCUCGUUGCUGGUGGACCGGGGGCGCCUGGAGCCGAACCCGGGGCAGGC